CACAAAGACAAUGGAAUUUUUGCACGGCAGAUCUCCAACGUCGAGUCAGAACAGGCGGACAAGCCCAAGAAAACAAAAUCAGCUCAAAAUUUGGUCUUCCAGGUAAGUUAGAACAGGCGGCACAAGCCCAAAAAAAACAAGAUUAGCUAAAAACAUCCCCAGUAGGCUUGGCCAAUCGGCGGAUCCGCUGCACACUGGUACUGUCCAGGUGUUAGUAUAGGAUAAACGAACACGACCCCACUCAAAAUAGAUAGCUGUUAAAAUUACCGUGUUGGAUUGGUUCGAGUCUUGGGACCCCCCCCCGCUACCUAUGUAAGCUGCGCUUUAUCCCGGAACAGCGUACCAUGAUUAUAUAAUAUCCCCUGUCAGGCUAAUGGCAACGGGCGUGCAUGUGCACUUUCACAGAUCUCGAGGACUGGCAGAUUUAAGUAAGCCCACAAUUCUCCCUCUCCAUUGGAACAAACAAUGAGCACCAGUAGCAGCCGGAGGCCGAAGCGCCCAGCUUCGUGGGUGGACUUCCUGGUGUCGUUCCGGUGGGUGUUGAUAGUGCCUGUGGUGCUGCCUCUCUCGUUUAUCUUUUACCAGUGGAUCCGAUGGCGGGCUCUGCUGCGGUGCGUGCUGUACGGGGCACCCUCGGAAGAAAAGCACCAGCGGGCAGUGAAGAAGGUCCAGGAGCGCGUUCGGGCCCGCCGUCCGGGGCGUGAUGGGCUCAUCUGCACGGCCCGGAAGCCUUGGCUUGAGGUCUCCAUGCGGAACUCUGAGCACAAGCGCUCGCACCGCUUCGAGGUCGAUCUGUCGCACCUCACGACCAUUGUUUGGGUCGACACUGAGCGGAAAAUCAUGAAAUGCGAGCCCAUGGUUUGCAUGUCUGAGGCAAGCGCCAAGGUUUUUGGGUUUGGCCUCGCUCCCCAAGUGCUGCCUGAGCUCGACGAUCUUACCGUUGGUGGGUGUAUUAAUGGUUAUGGAAUCGAAGGCACGAGCCAUCUGUUCGGCCUCUUUGCUGAUAGCUGUGUGGCGUAUGAGCUCGUUCUUGCUGACGGAUCGCUUGUCCGGGCCACGGCUGACAAUGAGUACUCUGAUCUGUUUCAUGCUGUGCCGUGGUCGCAUGGGUCGAUUGGGCUGCUUGUUGGGGCUGAAAUUAAGCUUACGCCUAUUAAAGAUUAUAUGAAGGUUACUUACACGCCUGUUACAGGUGACCUCGAUGAAAUUGCCAAGCGAUUCCAGGAGAGCUUCCAGGUGCCCGCCGAUGGUGGACAAGAUAAGGUACCAGAUUUUAUCGAGUCUGCUCUGUUUAGUGACACCACAGCUGUGAUCUCAACAGGCAAAUAUGCUUCUAGAGAAGAAGCAAUGAAAAAGGGGAAUGUGAUCAAUGAGAUUGGCUGGUGGUAUAAGCCAUGGUUCUACACUAUUAUGCAGAGUGCACUGAAGAGAGGCAAGUUUGUGGAGUACGUACCUUCUAGACAGUAUCAUCACAGGCACACCAGAUCCUUGUACUGGGAAGGUGCUCUCCUUAUUCCCUUUGGGAACCACCCACUUUUUAGGUUCUUCCUCGGAUGGUUAAUGCCCCCCAAGGUAAGUCUUUUGAAAUUGACCAUGACAGAUUCACUAAGAAACUACUACACUGAACGCCAUGCUUGCCAAGAUAUGCUUAUUCCAGCUCGAAAGGUCCCAGAAGCUAUCAAGUUUGUUCAUGAAACAUUUGAGACUUAUCCUCUCUGGAUGUGCCCUCACCGACUUCCAAAGAGGAGGAUGGGUACAAUGCUGGACUGUGAGCCUGAAUAUGAGAAAAACAUGGAGCCUGGGGAUACAGAAGAAGCUCAGAUGUGGACAGACAUUGGAAUCUGGACUGUGCCAUUGCCAGUCCUUAGAAAUGAAGUGUGGAAUGGGGUGGAAGCCACCAAAAGUAUGGAGAAAUGGCUUAGGGACAACAGGUCUUAUCAAUGCCUGUAUGCAGUCUCAGAACAAAGCGAGGAAGAGUUCUGGCAGAUGUUUGACCGGACAUUAUAUGAUGCAGUUCGUAAAAAGUAUGGAGCAGAGCACAAUUUCAUGUCUGUUUACUACAAAAUUUCCAAGGCCAAGAAGGGUCAAGUUCCACGUUAUUCAAACUCAGCCAUUUCAAACAAGACCAAAUAAAUUGUUAGGAUUCUUGUAAAGUUUUUCAAUUCACAGGGAGCUUGAGAUUUGUCUUGAGGCUUUUGAAAGAUAUGAAGGUUAAGCAGGUUUCAAAUAGGAGUUAGGAUUUGUGAAUUAGUUUGAAGAAGAUGGAGUUUGAUAAGAAGACAAAAGAAAGGAUUCAUUGUUAGUUUUUUAUUUUGUUCUUUUAUCAUGCUAAACCAUUUUGUAGAAUCUUUGGGUGAGCAAUUUAUAUAAGAGUCAAAUUCAUGUGGA